AUGAAUGCCCUCUUCGAUCAGUUUGCGGAAGCCCAUUCCCAGAAAAAUGGCUACAAACUUGCGCAAACACUAUCGCCUGUUGCUCCCCCAGAUGACCCUCAUCGCCUCAUGGCUGUUUGGCGUAGUACGAAUUCUCACAGCGUUAAGGGCGACAUCAAGCACUUCGUUAAGAGUAGUACAUCUCAUCGACGGAAAAUGAGCCAUGAUGAAAGUACAGGCUGGGUUGAGGUGUACACCUCAUAUUGGAAAGCUAUUGCUGAGAUCUUGGCGGGAGAAAGCGGAAAGUCUACAUGGACUAAAGUGUAUGAGGCAUGGAAGGAACUGACCUCAGUACUCAUCCGCGGAUACAACUCGCAUGGUUUCGAAGCGUGGACUAUCCCCUCACUCUACAUGGUGGGCAAGUACCUACGACUAUUUGCGAUUAAAUCCGACGAGGAGCGCCAGGCAAAGACAUCUGAUACUGGCCCUGGAGCUUCGUUGAUAUCGGACGAUUUCGACCCAGAAACGGAUAAGCAACUUCAAUUAAGAGACUGCGAAGGACACCUCAAACGUAUAUUUUCGCUUUGUCUUAAUGAUAGAGCACCCCUUGAGGAAUCACGGAAAUGGGGGAUCUACUUCGUUAUCAACCUUCUCUUCAAGACCUACUUCAAGUUGAAUUCGGCUUCCUUGUCGCGGACUAUUCUUAAGACGCUGGCUGUGUAUAAUGACAAGGGCGAUAUGCCGCCUCUGGAAAUGUUCCCAAAAUCUCAACGAGUGACCUUCAAGUUCUACGAAGGCGUAUUGCUAUUCCUUGAGGAGAAUUACAAUAAGGCCGAAUCCCAUCUCAACGAAGCGUGGCAACUAUGUCACAAAGACGCUCUCCGUCAAUCCGAACGAAUCCUGACCUACCUCAUUCCUUGCCGCCUCCUCACCAGUCAUGUCCUUCCUACCAAAGCCCUUCUCGAGAAUUAUCCUCGUCUACAAGGACUCUUCCUCCCUCUGGCCAGCUGCAUCAAGUCCGGUAACCUACAAGCCUUCGACAAGGCUCUACAAGAUGGUGAGGCUGAGUUCGUCAAGCGGCGUAUUUACCUUACCCUUGAGAGAGGCCGAGACAUCGCCUUGCGUAACCUGUUACGUAAGGUCUUCAUUGCUGGCGGCUUUGAUGAACCAAAAGAGGGCGAGACAACCCCAGUUCGUCGUACAAGAAUACCGGUAGCCGAGUUCCAGGCUGCAGUUAGCAUGGGAAGCGGUCAUAUGGUCGACCCGGAUGAAGUCGAGUGCAUGCUGGCCAAUAUGAUUUACAAAGAACUUAUGAAAGGUUAUAUCGCACGAGAACGAGGCAUCGUCGUCUUGUCCAAGAAAGGCGCCUUCCCCGGCACAGGAUUGUGA